UCCAUCAAUGGCUGCUUUUUCUUCUUCAACUGCUUCUGGUUUGGCUACAGUCUUCUUCUACUCUCCUUCCCUAAACCCUAUCAAUGGUCAAGCUACCCUCUCUUCUUCGUCUCGGAUUCGCUCCUCGCCUCGCGUUCUCAGGGGAAUUCAUAGCCUCCGACGCCGCGGAUUCCGGCGAUUCUCUCAGAAUGUUACCGCCGACCGGUCCAAUAGCUUCUCGUGUAACUUCUUUUCCGCCAUAUCCACUAGCACUCUCGAUUACGAGUUCACGGAUGGUGGCAAAGAGGUGGAAUUAAGAUUGAGGUUGAGGAAAGGUGAGACACUUUCUCCAAAGGAUAUAUCCGUAGACGCAGAUGGAACAUCGUUAGCGGUCAAAGAGAAGCGGAACGGGUUGCUGAUUACGCUUCUAGAGACUAACCAGCUCUUUGAGAAAAUUAUGCCUUCCGAAACUAUAUGGUAUAUAGACGAAGAUCAGUUGGUUGUAAACUUGAAAAAAGUGGAUGGGGAAUUGAAGUGGCCUGACAUUGUUGAGUCCUGGGAAUCUUUGACUGCUGGAAUGAUGCAGCUUCUUAAAGGGGCAUCUAUCUACAUUGUGGGAGAUUCAACGGAGAUUAACCAAAAAGUUUCUCGUGAGCUAGCGGUUGGCCUUGGGUAUAGUCCUCUAGAUUCAAAGGAAUUGCUGGAGAGCUUUUCAAAGCAAACAAUCGAUUCUUGGAUACUUGCAGAAGGGCCGGAUUCUGUAGCUGAAGCAGAGAGUUCGGUGUUGGAAAGCUUGAGCAGUCAUGUCCGUACUGUUGUCUCAACUUUGGGAGGUAAACAUGGAGCUGCGGGGAGAGCUGAUAAGUGGAGACAUCUUUACUCUGGAUUUACUGUCUGGGUAUCACAGACUGAAGCUACAGGUCGAUUCUCUCAGCAUCCGUUUAAAAGUGACCCUUAUCAACAAAAAGAAACCAAAGUGUCAUUGCUUAUACAUCCAAGAUUGUUUGUGAAUGCAGAUGAGGAAUCAGCGAAAGAAGAAGCAAGGCGAAACAAGCAAGAGAGGGAGAUUGGGUAUUCUAACGCAGACGUGGUGGUGAAACUCCAAGGUUGGGACCCGACGCAUGCCAAGAGCGUGGCUCAGGCGUCAUUGAGUGCACUCAAGCAACUGAUUAUCUCAGACAAGGGGCUUCCAGGUAAGAAGAGUCUGUACAUAAGGUUGGGCUGCCGUGGCGAUUGGCCAAAUAUCAAACCGCCGGGAUGGGAUCCGUCGUCUGACACUGGAGCUCAUCCACAGUUUACAUAAACAGUCUCAAAAUGCUCUUUUGCUCUCUUGUCUCUCCCUCCUAUAAAUUAUAAAACUAGCCACUUGCAUUGUUCUUCAAGAGUUCUUAUUAAUAUUAUGCUGUUAUUAUU